CCGGAAACGACUGGCUCACAGUCACAGCAGGUCACCUCACCUCGCCCUCCUCUCCCUCACCAAGAACUUCUUGCCCAGUUUACAUGUCUGUACUUCCUAGCCGCUCAAUUUUACAGCGCAGAGCAGGAAGCAUCAGCUAGCUGCACGCCUCUCGCGUCGCUUGCCGCCUUCGCUCCUCCUCUCUCUUCCUAGCUCGCUUGCUAUGGCCGUUCUUGCGCUCAGGCUGGGUUUCGUGGCUCCGCCUUAUCCUAGGACCAGCAGCGGCAGGUUCGCCUUCUCCCCCUCGUCCUGCCGCGCCGCCGCCAACGACGUGGGGGUAGGAGGACCCGCGCGCCCGAUCACCGUCGACGGGGACCCGCCCACCGUCGUCUCCGCGCCCGGCCGCCGCAUUGUCGCCAUUGGCGAUGUCCACGGUGAUCUCUCCCAGACGAGAGCCGCGCUGGUGCUGGCCGGCGUCCUGAGCGCGGAUUCAGAGGGCCAUCUGUGGACAGGCGGACGCACGGUACUGGUUCAAGUUGGUGACAUCCUUGAUCGUGGUGAAGAUGAAAUUGCCAUACUCUCCCUGUUGAGCUCGCUCAACAUGCAAGCCAAAUCUCAAGGCGGUGCUGUAUUUCAGAUUAACGGAAACCAUGAAACCAUGAAUGUGGAAGGUGAUUUCCGGUACUGUGAUCCGGGAGGCUUUGAUGAGUGCGUGCGCUUCCUUGACUACUUGGAUGAAUGUGACGGCAACUGGGAUAACGCAUUUCGCAACUGGAUUAAUGUCUGUGAAAGACGGAAGAAAGAAUAUGGAGCUCUGCCUAAUGGGGACUGGCAUCCUUGGGACUUCGUCAAGAAGCAGAAAGGCUUUGCUGCAAGAUCAUCUCUUCUCAAGCGAGGUGGUCCGCUAGCUUGUGAAUUGGCACGGCAUCCUGUUGUCCUCAAGAUCAAUGACUGGAUAUUUUGUCACGGUGGCCUUCUUCCUCACCAUGUUGAAUAUGGGAUUGAGCGUAUGAACAGGGAAGUAUCAAUUUGGAUGAAAUGUUCAGGCGAAGACGGCGAUGAUGAGACAGACAUCCCCUUCAUAGCUACUAGAGGUUAUGACAGCGUGGUAUGGAGCCGAUUGUACUCACAAGAUCCUGCUGAGAGAACACGCCGUGCUUUGAUGCUAUCUUCUAUUGUUGCUGAACAAACCCUAGAAGCUGUAGGAGCCAAAGGGAUGGUAGUAGGGCACACACCCCAGAUGCAUGGAGUGAACUGUAAAUGUGAUGGCAAAGUCUGGUGUGUUGAUGUGGGCAUGUCCUCUGGUAUUCUUUCCUCAAGGCCAGAGGUCCUAGAAAUAGUCAAUGACAGACCAAAGGUUUUGAAGAAGCGGAGAGAAUUAUAUGAUGAGAUGGAAGUGUUGGACUAUUUGUAAAACCUUGAGAAACUUAUGUACAUAAUAGAAAACAUUAAUUGUCGUGAGAGGUAUCGUACCAGACAAUUUGGGUGGCAGUACUGAAUGCAAGAUGCUACAGAGAGAGAGAUAUAGAUCAGAAGGAAGGUUUUGUCACUAUGCACACCCUGUCCGCUGUGUGGCAACUGGCAAAGGCUUACAUGGACCACAUUUACAUGUUACUCGAUCAGCCCCGGUACGAUCUCUGAGUCUGAGGGACCGUAUCUUCACUGGUGCUUUAUGGAAGGUAUCGUUUAAGCGGUAUGGUACCACACUACCACCCUGAGCAUGAGCUUGGCGACGGGAAAACCAAAAGGGUGAAUCAAUACUUGGAAGGUUAUUGCCAUGCUUUGUGCAUGGUAAAUGGUUUCCGGUCUUUUUGGUCCAUUUCAGGUCUUAAACAAAAUUGGCAAGGUGGCGUACAUACUGUCUGAACCUUCCUGUAGCAAGAUUGAUCCUGUGAUCCAUGUCUCGCAGUUGAACCAACACCGGACCGGGCCUGCAUUCCUGGGGACGAGAAGCAUGUGUCUGUUCAUUAUAAAAAGUUAGUAUGUGUCUGUUCCUGUGAAGAUUCUGCAGCAACUAUUACUCCAUGUAAGAGUAGGUAUAAUAGUAGAUUUAUAGGCAAGCUAAUAUUGAUGUGGAGAAGAGAAUAAGAGAAAACAGGAGAGAGAUGAUAGCUUGAUUAUAUAAGUACGUACCAAGCUGGGCAUAGAUACAUAGGUAGUUGUGGGUCCAAAUAGCAAGUGUUGUGAGGAGAAAUAAAAAAGAAAAGGUGUUUUAGAGACAAGUAUGAGACAACUUAUUGUAUAACUUAGCUCCAAUCACUUGGUUUAUAGUCAAGCACUUGAUUCUAUUA